AUGUUUUUGACAACUUUAGUCUUGGUCCUUUCGCUCCAAGAUGUGGGCGUGGCGUUGAAGUCCGACGGCGGCGCCCGCUCGGUGCCCGUGGACUGCGUCAGGGCGAGUGAGCAGUGUCUGAAGGAGUACAGCUGCAGCACCAGGUACCGCACCAUGAGGCAGUGCGUGGCGGGUCGAGAGAGCAACUUCAGCGGCGUGACGGGCUCCGAGGCGCAGGGCGAAUGCCGCAGCGCCAUCGACGCCAUGAAGCAGAGCCCGCUGAACCGCUGCCGCUGCCGACGGGGCAUGAAGAAGGAGAAGAACUGCCUCAGGAUCUUCUGGAGCAUCUUCCAGAGUCUGCAAGGUACAGACGGCCGCGGCUGUGGACCGUGGCGGGGCCGCAAAGGUCACGGUCAGCUGUGGGCAAAGGUCAGCUGGGGCUGCAAAGGUCACGGUCAGCUGCGGGCAAAGGUCAGCUGGGGCUGCAAAGGUCACGGUCAGCUGCGGGCAAAGGUCAGCUGGGGCUGCAAAGGUUACGGUCAGCUGCGGGCAAAGGUCAGCUGGGGCUGCAAAGGUCACGGUCAGCUGCGGGCAAAGGUCAGCUGGGACUGCAAAGGUCACGGUCAGCUGCGGGCAAAGGUCACGGUCAGCUGCGGGCAAAGGUCACGGUCAGCUGCGGCGCAAAGGUCACGGUCAGCUGCGGCGGUUUCAGCGCCAUUAGGAAAAGUCAACUCGCCCGAAACUGUGCCUUUGCCACAUGCGUACAGCACUGGCGAAGAGCGCUGUCCCCCUCAGCAGAAUAUCCAGUACAUCCGUGGAUCGGGUAAUGACUUGUUGGAGUACUCCCCGUAUGAGCCCGUGAACAGCCGACUCUCCGACAUCUUCCGCUUGGCUCCUAUUAUCGCUGGUAAGAACAGUCAACAUUAA